AUGUGUGAACAAACCAAACGUUAUUUUUCCCCGCGUCUUGUUGACUAUGUGAUCAUAGUUGGUUGCCGUCACCCAAAUAAAUAUAAUCAUGUCACACAAACACCUGAGUUACUUCGACGUUAUCCAUUGGAAGAUCACAAGGAUUUCGCCUUGCCGCCUGAUGUGAUCUUCUUCUGUCAACCGGAGGGAUGUAUAAAUACGGGUCAUCAACGAACAGCAUUUCGUCAAAUAACUUCAUUCGUGUUUACAUUAACGGAAAAAGAUUCGAAUCGACAACGUUUUGGAAUAUGUGUGAAUUUUUAUCGACAUUUCUCCCGGCGAACAUGUUCAGUUCACAAUCCAAAUCAACAAAAAUCGGAUGCAACUACUGAAGAGGGACAAUCGUCAGUUUCAAAUGAUCAGAAAGAAGAAACUGACGAUUCAGAUCAGACCGAACGGAAACGUAAACGGCGUUUGAGAAACAAUACAUUGACAUCUAUUUGUCUAAUCAGUCAUCAUCCAUUUUUUACACGUUUUCGUGAAUGCCUGGUGACACUGAAAGCAAUUAUCGAUGCCUGCAAUGAAAGAUCAUGUGCAAAACGUACAGGUGCAUCUAAAGGCACAUCUAGAGAGACUGUUUGGGGUGUAUUAACUGGUCAAGCAUGUGAGUGUACAUCUAAUCUAGUUGGUCACGAAGUGCGCGAAAUUGAAACAUGGAUAUUACGAUUAUUAAGCGCACCUGUGUCUAUUCCAGGAAAGACAAAGAUUUUGAUUGAAACAUUACCCAACGAGCCACCAAUGUUAUUUGCUCUACCUGAUCAUACGCGAUUUUCAUUAGUUGAUUUUCCGCUACAUUUACCAUUGGAAUUGUUAGGCGUGGACUUAUGUAUACGAGUUCUAACGUUAAUUAUGCUAGAAAAUAAGGUCGUGUUUCAAUCUCGUGAUUAUAAUGCAUUAACAAUGAGUGUCUUGGCAUUUGUUGCCUUAUUAUAUCCACUUGAAUAUAUGUUUCCUGUUAUUCCGUUAUUACCAACAUGUAUGACAGGAGCUGAACAGCUCUUAUUAAUUCCAACUCCAUUUAUAAUUGGUGUGCCAGCUAGUUUUUUCCCUUAUAAAGGAAUGAGUCCAACACAAUUCGACGACAUAUGGAUUGUAGAUCUCGAUGCAAAUCAAAUCAUUCAACCUCGACAAGCCGAGCCAUUCUUCGACAUUCCAGAGUUUGAGUAUAACAUUCUAAGCAAUCAUUUAAAGCAAGCGUUAGGUAGUAUGUCAAUUGAUCCCGAACCGGUUCAAAGUUUUGAUGCUAUGCUCAACGAUAAAUCAUAUUUAAUGACUGCGCAAAACUCUAUUCCACUCUCAUCGACAUCCUACAAUCCAUUUAUUUACGGAAAUGAUGUUGAUUCUGUUGAUAUUGCAACACGGGUUGCGAUGGUACGAUUUUUCAAUUCACCGAACAUAUUGGGUAAUUUCAAUGAACAUACAAGAACGUUACGUUUACAUCCACGAGCCGUCGUCGCUUUUCAAUAUAGCAGUUUCGUUCGCUCGCGACCAGUUAAAUCAGCAUUCAUCAUUCGUUUAGCCAAGACUCAAGCAGUCGAGUUUUUUGCUGAAUGGUCAUUGUGUCCGGAUAACGUCGCGUUUUUACGCGUGCAAACUGGCGUUUAUGAUCCCGCACUCAUUGGUGAUAAACCGAAAUGGUACAGUCGCAAUCUCACGUCGAUUCCAUUCAAUAUUAUCGAAGAGAAUAGCACUCUCGGAGAAGCCGUUAGCGCAUUUAACUCCAAAAUAAAUACUGUUGAACAUACACCGACCGACGAAAGUGGAAGUGAUUCUGAAGACGACAAUAGCAACCCUGAUUAUUCGUCGUUGAGUGAAUUUGUAUCUGAAAUGCGAAACAGCGAAAUAUGUGGUGAAAUUCGAGCUAAAAUAUAUCCAGCUAACCAAGAGAAAACAGCAUGUGUUGAAUAUUCCACAGUUUACAGUCCGCCGGAAGAAUUGCAAAUACCUGACGGAUCAACGAAUCACAUGCCUAGUCCGGGCGCUAGCGGAAACGAAUCAAGUCAUUCGAUCAGUGAAUCGACAGUUAGUUCGAGUACCAAUUCGCAGGUCAACUCUGGACUGAACUCACCCAGCGAAGAGAUGAACGAAUUUGUUCGUGAUCUAUCGAAUACAUUACCUGAUAUUGAUUCCAAAUCAAGUUCGGCAACCAUUACACCAGUAACGAAAACAUUUCCAAAACCACUCUUUGAUUCGAAAGCAUUGGCUAGUGGUGAUAAUUCUGCUCAAUCAUCACCUCCGGAAAAUAGUACGAAGAAUACGACUACGCAAGGAAGCGUCAACCAACGCGUUAGCGUAACAAUGACACGUGCAGAUAGUCAUGAUUCGAAUGCAAGUGCAAUAGCAACGAAAGCUGGACGCGCUCAGAAAACGGAUUCAGAAAACACAGCUCCUUCUAAUGCUUCACUACUUCAACAGGUUGGUGAAGAAAUCAAUUCAACAGCUGCUGGGCGAGCUGUAUCCAACAUGGCCAAGAUGGCUACGCAUAAAAUGUCAGAAUUACUCUCAUCUUCAUCUGAGAAUUCUCGUCAGUCAACUACAUCAAUGCCUCGUGCAAAUCGUCCUCCACCUUUUCCUUUUCCAAAGUCAACACGCAAAGUGGAAAAGCCCAAUCUAGUCAAACAUGCUGCAACGACAUCGAAUGCCUCCAUGCUUGCUCGACAACAGAGUGUUGAAACCAAGGCGAAUACUCAUAGUGAAAAUCAACAGUUUUUAAAAGAUAUUGUCACGAAUGUUCUCGAUGGACAAGGUAUUGGUUGGUUAAAAAUCAAUCGAGUCAAAAAGCUAAUGGAAGAUGAAAACUAUCGAAACUUUGUUCUCAGCCGUUUGAAUAUCAAUCUCGACAAGAAAUAUUCGGAUGAAGACGAUCAUAUCGAUGAUGUUAAAAUUAGCCGAGCAGUUUUCAAAGGCAUGACAAAUAUUUUACGAGCUGUUAUACAAGGUCUGGAAGUUACGUUUGAAAACAACGGUCUGGGUGGAAUGGCAUCCACAUUCCAAUUACUUGAAAUCGCACACACACAUUACUGGAUUAAAGAUGCCAAAACUGAUCUAAGUCCAAUGUCCGAACGGAACAGUCCGCUCAGUGGUAGUCGAGAAAGUUUAGCAUCGAUUGAUCCAAAUGUUCCUUUAAAUCCAUCGACAAUGCCACCACAGCAACAGCAACAAAACAAUACCACAAGUCCUAAUACUAGUCUCGUCGCUCAACUGGGGAGUUUAUGGCGCGAAUCCAAACUAGCGCUUGCACGUAGUUAUGCAACAGCUACGCACGCAAAACCCGUUGAAAUGAAUGGUGAUGAAUAUCAAAAUAUUGAUGUUGGAAAAGAUGUAAAAGCUGUCAACAAUGCAAAUGGAACUAACAAAAAACAAUCAGUAGAAAAUCAAGUUCGACCGGAUUCAUUAACACUCACAAACGAAACUACAUCGAAACCGCGCAUGAACAUUCCGCGUAUUAAUUCUAUUGUAACCGAUGAUGACAGUGGCACUGAUUCUAGUUCGUCAAGUCGACGCCAAUCGAAGAUAAAUCAUCAUCACAUACGUACGUCAAAUCAGUGGACUGAUGAUAAAUUAAAGACCAAACAAAUAUCAAACACAUCCGGAGCGAAAAGUUCUUUUACCGCUGGAUAUAGAUUUCGCAACGGAUCACUGAAUCAAACAGCGGAAAACACUCCUAUGAAUGCUAGUGAUAAACAAUAUCUCUUCGAAGUGUUAAUCGGUAGUACACGCAGUCAUUUAUGGGAUCAAAUGCAAGUAUGGGAAGAUGUUUUUCUCGAUGCCGUUGCCCAGGAACGUGACAUCAUUGGUCUCGAUCAAGGACCAGCCGAAAUGAUGGAACGAUAUUAUUCACUAUCGAACGCGGAUCGUAAGCGUCUAGAACUAGACGAAGAUCGUCUGCUCGCGGUGAUGCUUUAUAAUCUCAUUGCUUUUAUGAUCAUGAUGCGUGUUAGCAAAGAAGAAAUCCGCCGUAAGAUUCGUCGUGUUCUUGGCCGCUGUCAUAUUGGUUUAACAAUGAGUCAACAAGUGAAUGAACUAUUAGACAAUAUCGCCUAUCUAAAUGGUAAUGAUGUUGAUCUACGUCCUGCUGGCAGUCGACUCUUGCAAAAGCAAAGUUUCACUGUACAUUGGGGAACGGAUAACACAGGAGAUAUGUUGUUCAUGGAAGUGUGGGAUGAUUGUAUUAUCUUACGAAGUGUCCUUGGUGAAGUCUAUGAUCGAUGUUGGUUCGAAAAGCUAGUCAAUAUGACAUUUUGUCCAAAGACAAAAGUUCUGUGUUUAUGGCGAAAAGCUGACGGAGAAACACAACUUAAUAAGUUCUACACCAAACGCUGUCGUGAUUUAUACUUUUCAAUUAAAGAAGCAAUGGAAAAAGCAGCAUCACGAAUGAAAGGCUCAUUACCAGAAUUGGGCGGAGAAUUUCCUAUUAAAGAUAUGAAUACAGGCGAAGGUGGUAUUUUACAAGUCUGUCUUGAAGGAAUCUGUUUGACAUUCGAAAAUGAUAAAGAAUUUAUCGAAUUACCAAAGAUUCGUAAGUGUACUACACAAAAAGGCGAUAUCUUCGUUCUGGAAGAAUUCGACCCUAAUACAAAACAAAUCCUGAUUAGAAAAUACAAAUCUCCAACGGCGAGUAAUAUUCUACUUGCUUUUCAUCGUGUUGUAUCCAUUGUUGUUGAACGACGAAAGCUAGCAGCGGCUAACAAUGUAUCCAAUGGCAUUAAUCAACAACUUAUCAAUGGCUUAGGUAUCAGCAAUAGCCUUCUGUUUUGCUAUAUAUUGCUUUGUUGA